ACGGGUAGCACACAAACCUGCCGGCUCCCGCAGAUCUGCCCGACCCGGCUCCGGGAACCUGGAGUGCACGCGAGGGGAGCAGUAGGUGGGGUUUGGGUCUACCCACGACGCCCACCGGCCGUCGCGAUGGCCGGCGCCGCCUGGCCGCUCUCCGCCGCCGCGGGCCUCCUCCCCGCCUCCCUUUCGCUGACCCUCCUCCUCGGCUCCCUCGUCGUCGUGCUCGUGCUGGGCGUCGCCGCGGUAUUCCUCGAGCACAUCCGCAAGAUCGGAUGCAUGCACUCGAUUGAGAGGACCGCCGUCUCGGACGCCUUCUUCGAGGACCCUGGCUCGCUCAAGAAGGUUCCCUGCCCGUCGAUUUUUGACCCUGCCGAGAAGUACAUUUCGUUGAUCGUUCCUGCUUACAACGAGGAGUGUCGGCUCCCGGAGGCUCUUACAGAGACGCUCAACUACCUGAAACAACGCUCAUCUGCCGACAAGUCAUUUACUUAUGAGGUAUUGAUUGUCGAUGAUGGAAGUACUGACCGUACCUCAAAAGUUGCCUUUGAGUAUGUAAAGAAGCACAACAUUGACAAUGUUCGAGUUCUUCUACUUGGAAGGAACCAUGGGAAAGGUGAAGCCGUCAGAAAAGGGAUGCUCCAUUCCAGGGGUCAACUCCUACUCAUGCUUGAUGCUGAUGGUGCAACUAAGGUCACUGAUUUGGCAAAGCUUGAAGCUGAGGUUCUUGCAUUGGCGGGGAAAGCACUCUCUGCUAGUUCAUCCCAGAGGCUAUCUGAUGUUGAAAUUGCUGUUUUUGGUUCCCGUGCUCAUCUGGAGAAGCAGGCUCUUGCCACGAGGAAAUGGUACCGGAACUUCCUUAUGAAAGGUUUCCACUUGGUAGUACUGUUGACCGCUGGUCCUGGAAUCAGAGAUACACAGUGUGGCUUCAAGAUGUUCACUCGAUCUGCUGCAAGGAAACUCUUUACAAACAUCAGACUUAAGAGGUGGUGUUUUGAUGUUGAGAUUGUGUACCUAUGCAAGCACCUGAGGAUCCCGAUGGCAGAAGUAUCUGUCAGCUGGACGGAGAUACCUGGGUCCAAAGUGCGCAUGACAAGCAUCCUGCACAUGGUGUUUGAGCUCCUGCUGAUCAGAGUAGGCUAUGGGCUGGGCAUAUGGAAAAUUUACUCAUAGACCCUGUCCUGGGUAACUCAUUAGAGCUUAGGUCUCGAUCGCUUCAGCGUAUACACCAAACUUAGUUCGUCACUUUGAAACACAGCUACCAAAUUAGUUCAAGGAGCAUUGUAAAACUUUUUGAGAUUUUCGACUGGAGAGAAGAAUCCAGUUCGAAGUGUAUGUUGGUGUUUGAUCAUAGCAAGAUCUUGACAUAUGCUCACAGCUCACAUGUAUUUUUGCUCCUUCUGAUAAAUUCUCUGAUAUUUUUGC